CUCUCCCUGUCCUGUGCAGAACCACUCUUAGAAAACGGAAACCCGAGACUCUCUUUCCAAGAUGGACCUCAGUGCUUCCAAUCACCGCAUACCUCUAAGUGAUGGAAAUAGCAUUCCCAUCAUUGGACUGGGGACCUACGCAGAACCAGCAACGACCAAAAAGGGGGACUGUACAGCAUCAGUGAAGAUUGCCAUCGACACAGGGUAUCGACACAUUGACGGGGCCCACCUCUACCAGAAUGAGAAUGAGGUGGGGGACGCCAUCAGAGAGAAGAUAGCGGAAGGGAAGGUGAGGAGGGAGGACAUUUUCUACUGCGGAAAGCUGUGGGCUACAAAUCAUGUUCCAGAGAUGGUCCGCCCAGCUCUGGAGAGGACACUCAAGACCCUCAAGCUAGAUUAUGUGGAUCUUUACAUCAUUGAAGUACCCAUGGCCUUUAAGCCUGGAGAUGAAGUGUAUCCUAUGGAUGAGAAUGGCAAAUGGUUGUACCACAAGUCGGAUCUGCAGGCCACUUGGGAGGCCUUGGAAGCUUGCAAAGAUGCUGGCUUGGCGAAAUCCCUCGGGGUCUCCAAUUUUAACCGCAGGCAGUUGGAGCUCAUCCUGAACAAACCAGGACUCAAGUACAAGCCAGUCAGCAACCAGAUCGAGUGCCACCCCUACUUCACCCAACCAAAACUCUUGAAAUUUUGUCAACAACAUGACAUCGUUGUUGUUGCUUACAGCCCUCUGGGGACCUCUAGGGAUCCACUUUGGGUGAACAUAUCUUCUCCACCUUUGUUGCAUGAUGUACUUCUAAACUCACUGGGGAAAAAGUACAGCAAGACAGCAGCGCAGAUUGCUUUGCGUUUCAACAUCCAGCGAGGGGUGGUAGUCAUUCCGAAAAGUUUUAACCCUGAAAGGAUCAAAGAAAACUUUCAGAUCUUUGACUUUUCUCUCACUGAAGAAGAAAUGAAGAGCAUCGAAGCCUUGAAUACAAAUGUCCGCUUCGUGGAACUGCUCAUGUGGUGUGAUCACCCGGAGUACCCCUUUCAUGACGAAUACUGACUUCAGAGAGGCCCCCCUGGAUUUUACUCUCACGUGUGUCAGCGCCCGGGGCUGGUGUUUCCUGGUCAUGGAAAUGAAAGGGGUUUCCCUGUCCCUCGAUGAUGUAAUGAUGGAAGCUUUCCACACUUAUCUUUUGUGACCUUAGCUGUGAAGAAAAAUCUUUACAUCUCCUGAAAUAAUUACUAAUUACUAAGAGUUAUCUGCCAGCAUAGUUUUAGAUCAGUGUCUUCUAGGUUCCAGAUGAAAAACAUUAGACUUUAGAAAGUACUUCAAAGGUGACAAAUAGAGACAAAUUACACAUGAAAAUGGGCAUUAUCCGAAGUAGUCUGAGUUCUUAGACCCGGUAACAGGACAGCAGAGAGGCGGGAGUUGGCAUGUGCCAGGGGGCAGCAGUGGCCUGAUGGUCUGGCACUGAUUGUAAUACAGGCACAGCUAAGAGAAGAACACACAGCAGUACUUUUGCUAUUAUUUUGUUUGUUUUUGCAGUGCUGAGGAUGAACUUAGGGCCGCUAUGCUAGACAAGGCUCUGCCCCUGAGCUGCAUCCCUAGCCCUUGGCUCAUGCAUUGUUAACAAGGAAGUGAUUUCCUGCAUCUUGAGUAGAUAAAGGAGAAAUGUAGAAAAGCCUAAACAUCGAUUUUAUUAAGCACAGUUGUCAGCAGAGUCUUGAUGAUUUUGUUGUUAUUGUUUAUUUCCAUGCAGUGUGUGCCUGUUUAGCUUUCAGUUAGUUUUAAGGCUAGAUAGUUACUGGUUCCCCAUACAACCUUACAGGGACCCGCACCCACAUACCUGGUAAUCCAGCUGUGUCUUACCAUUACUCUAGUUCAUCAUGCACCCACCAUUGUGUGAAGUGACUUGAAACAACCAACAUUCACCAAUAAGCCCGCUACCAGAAAACAGUAAAAAGAAAGGUAUUUUAAAAGAAGGAAUUUUUAAAGGAGGUUUUAGAAAACACUGGAAGAUGAGACCUUAUAAAAUUAUUAUUCUUAAGACCUUAAGAGAAUUAUUGGGAUAAUAAUUUGAAUUUCAAAACAGUAGCCAGUUUAAAAGAACACUGAUAAUUUUACCAUAUGUAAGUUUUUAACAAGUGAAUAAGAUUAUUAGAACUCAGCUAUACAGAUGUACUUAUUUUCAAGUCAACUAAAGAAAUACAUUUUAUUCCCAUUGGGUCACUUUCAGAAAGCUUUUAGAGAGUUCUCCAAAACUUGUUUUUCCACGAUCAUUUAAUUAUGAAUAAAAUUCAACAACCUAAAGAUAAUUUCUGAGAAAUUAUCACUUUAAAAAAUUUGAUCUAUUCACAUUGUUUUCAACGAUUCCAAUGUUAACAGUGCAUUCUCUAGAAAAUGUUUUGUUCACAAGAAAUAAAAUGUGAUGAUUUGU